AGAUACAUCAUCCUGCUCUCACGGCAGGGGAAAGUUCGCCUGGCCAAAUGGUUCACUACACUCUCGCCGAAGGACAAGGCAAAGAUCAUCAAGGAUGUCUCGCAGCUCGUGCUGGCACGUAGGACCCGAAUGUGCAACUUCCUCGAAUACAAAGACACCAAAGUAGUCUACCGCCGCUAUGCCUCCCUCUUCUUCAUCGCCGCGACGGACCCGACGGACAAUGAGCUCAUCACGCUUGAGAUUGUGCACCGCUAUGUCGAGCAGAUGGACAAGUACUACGGCAACGUCUGCGAGCUCGACAUCAUCUUUAACUUUCAGAAGGCGUACUUCAUCCUUGACGAAUUGCUGCUGGCUGGCGAGCUGCAGGAGAGCAGCAGGAAAAACGUACUGCGGGUGAUUGGUGCCCAGGACAGCCUCGAAGAUAUGGAGGUAAGCGUUUCAGUCACACUGGUUCCCUGGAUUGUUGACGUGCAUUCUACAUCUUACAUCUUGCCGUGGUUCUCUUAUUGUACCAUCAUUGCUGAUGCCCUCGCCUUGUAUUUCUAG